AUGGAGACCUCCAUCUCAAAGCCACAUGCAGUUCUAAUAUCAAAUCCCGGUUUGGGGCACCUCAUCCCUGUUCUGGAACUUGGAAAACGCCUUGUCACCCUUCACAACUUUGAAGUAACAAUCUUUGUUGUUGCAUCACAAACAUCAGCCGCAGAAUCAGAGAUGAUCCAAGCUGCCAUGAGUUCAAAACUUUGUCAAGUUAUCAAAAUUUCGCCGCCAAAUAUCUCGCACCUCGUAGGCCCUGAUACCACGCUCGUCACCAUACUUGCAAUCAUGAUGCGUGAAAGCAAAUCAGCUUUACGUGUAGCAAUAUCUACUUUGAAAUCUCGCCCAACUGCGAUGAUUUUUGACCUCUUCAGAAUUGAAUCUUUUGAGAUCGCUGAUGAGCUUGAGAUACCAAAUUACUACUUUGUAGCUUCGCAUGCAUGGUUUCUCGCACUCACUGUAUAUACACCAAUCCUGGAUAAGUUCAUGCAAGGACAGUAUGUUGAUCAAAUAGAACUGGAAACGGCUGUUCGAGCCAGCUUGUGGGCACCUCAACUAAUCAUUGGAGUCGCCCAAAGGACCAGCGGGAAGAUUGACUUCGACAGUUGGAAGAAAAAGAUGAUGGCUCUACUUUCCCAUAACAAAGUGGGGAUUGCUUUGGAGAAGGACGCAUCCAAGUGGCCAGAGGAGAAAUUGAGGAAGCAGGAAGAGAUCAACGAGGAAGCAUAA